AGCAACGCUAGCUCAAGAUUCAUUCGACACACACGCUUCGUCUAGAGCAGCACCUUCCACAAAUUGAGAACCAGCUCGUCACCAUGAAGUUCCUGCUGGCCUUCGCCGGCCUGCUUGCUGUUAGCUUCGCAAACAACCCACCAUCUGCAGCGAAAGUCGUCUGUUAUUACGACAGCAAGAGUUAUGUUAGAGAAUCGCAAGCCCGGAUGCUGCCGAAUGAUCUGGACCCAGCACUAUCCUUCUGCUCCCACCUCGUGUACGGCUACGCUGGAGUCCAGCCUGACACAUACAAGUUGGUGCCUCUGAAUGAAAAUCUGGACGUCGACCGAUCCCACGAUAACUAUCGCACUGUCACGAACUUGGGACACAAGUACCCCAACCUGAAGACCCUUCUGUCUGUUGGAGGCGAUGCUGAUAGUGAUGAUAGCAACAAAUACAAUCUUUUGUUGGAAUCCGCUCAAGCUCGUACAACAUUUGUGAACUCCGGAGUACUACUGGUCCAACAGUAUGGUUUCGAUGGUAUCGACUUAGCCUGGCAGUUCCCUAGGAUCAAACCUAAGAAAUUACGUUCGACUUUAGGAUCUGUCUGGCACAGCUUCAAGAAAGCCUUUGGCACAACCCCUGUUGAUGACAAAGAAACCGAACAUCGUGAAGGCUUUACGGCUCUCGUCCGUGAACUGAAACAAGCACUGAAUGCGGUCAGACCGAACCUGCAACUGUCUGUCACAAUAUUACCAAAUGUUAACUCGUCAAUUUACAUCGACGUUCCCUCUAUAAUCAACUUGGUCGAUUUCAUCAAUAUUGAUGCUUUUGACUAUAACACGCCCUCUCGCAAUCCCAAAGAAGCUGACUACGCAUCACCUACUUACACACCACAGAACCGCAAUCCGUUGUUGAACCUCGACGCAGCAGUUACCUACUUUUUACAGAACAGCGCUCCAAGUGGAAAGAUAGUUGUGGGUGUUUCAACAUUCGGUCGCACAUGGAAAUUGGAUUCUGAAAGUGAAAUUUCUGGAGUUCCACCUCUACAUGCUGACGGACCUGGAGAAGCUGGACCUUACACUAAGACUGAAGGACUGCUGAGUUACCCAGAAGUUUGUGCUAAACUCAUCAAUCCCAACCAUCAGAAGGGCAUGCGUCCUCAUUUACGCAAGGUUACGGACCCAAGCGAGAGAUUUGGUACAUACGCUUUCCGCCUUCCUGAUGACAGUGGUGAAGGUGGUCUCUGGGUUUCAUAUGAAGACCCUGACACAGCUGGAAAGAAGGCCAACUAUGUGAAAACUAAGAGACUCGGAGGCAUCUCGAUCGUGGAUCUUUCGCUGGACGAUUUCCGUGGUCUUUGCAACGGCGAGAAAUACCCAAUACUCCGCGCCGCCAAAUACCGGCUACAAUAAAUUCUCAACCUUAUAUCUUAUAUAAACAAAGUUAUAAAUGUGAUAGAUAUUCAUAAAUGUCGUGUGUGUAUAAUUAUAAUGUAAUGUUUUCAUCGCUAAAUAUUUCUUACAUUUCUUUUAACCUUUAUAAUAUAGUCCUGAGGAAUGUUACAA